AUGUGCUACAGAGAGGUCGGCGCGGUGCGAUUUGCUUGCGGCCAUGAGGAACCACAGACAUUCUCUCAGAGGGACUGUGGUCGAACGAACUGCAGGUACAGUGCUAGCCACGUCGUACCCUGCAACAAUUGUUCCAGCACCUGUGCACAGUGGUAUGUACCAUUCAGCGCUGGUGAUGGUCUCGUUACAUAUUGA